AUGGCUUCUGCCACGGGCUGCGCCACGCGCCUGGGCCCGCGGGUGGCUGAGGAGACGCUGGCUAGUCUGCAGCGCCGCUUCGUGACGGCGCAGACCCUGGCCACGCCGCGCUUGGGCGCGCCCGUGCUGACCCUGGACCUGGGCCGCCUGCCCGCCGCGGGCGCCGACCUCAGCCCCGGCGGUGAGUCUGGGAGCGAGGGCGAGGAGAGCGAGGACGGCUUCACGCUGCACUCCCAGCCCGCCUACGAGCGCAGCCUGAGCCAGGCGCACUGCGCGCCGGGGCCGCCCUCCUGCCGCACCCCCUCCGACGAGGGCGGCUCCACCCGCUUCAGCUUUGGCUGCACCCAGGACGCGCCCAUGCCCCUCUCCGCCCCGGGCCAGGGUCCCGCCCCAGAGGCAGCCGCGGGGAACACCCCCCUCCUAGACCUGGCGGCACCCAUCGGCUGCGUCUCCGACUCCACCCAGAAGCUGUUCCCCAUCUUCAAGCCCAAGAAGGACUACAAGCACCUGUACAUCGUGCGACACGGGGAAUCGGAGUACAACGCUGCCACGGCGGCGGCGGGGACGGGGUGGGACGACCCCCUCAUCUUCGACGCGCCGCUGACGGCGCGAGGGCGGGCGCAGGCCUGCGAGCUGCGCAACACGCUGGCCGCGCUGGGCCUCCCCGCCAACGCGUGCUGGGUGACCUCGCCGCUGCAGCGCGCCAUCGAGACCCUGGUGCUGGCCUGCACCGGCAAGGAGCGAGGGGUUGGGGGCGAGGUCCGCCUCCCCUCCAGCCUGCACAUCAGGAGCGAGAUCAGGGAAAAGCUGGUCACCGCGGGCGACGUUGGCCAGCCCGCCUCGGUACUGAAAUUGCAGUACCCGGAAGUGGCCGCCCAGCUGGACGAGCUGCCGGACGUUUGGUGGCACUGCCCCAGGGACAAACCCAACUGCACCAUCACCCGCGCCUUCCAGUCGCGGGAGAAGCAGGCCGCCGUCCAGAAACGCAUCGCCGCCUUCAAGCGCUGGCUGUACGACCGCCCCGAGACCGUCAUCGUGGCGUUCGGGCACAGCUCCUUCUGGAAGCACUUCUGCGCGGGGUACUGCGGCGUCAAGCCAGAGCGCAUGUACAACUGCGAGGUGCGGCACCUGCAGCUGUGA